AUGCGCUUCAUCGGAUUUGUGUUUGCCCUAGUUGCCAGCACCUCUGUGGCAAUGGCUGCACCUGCUGAAACCAACGGGGACGUUUCUGAAUGGUCUUGCCCGAAUGGAUGGAAAUAUUGCGGUUGUGUGGGUCAGGGUGCUGGAGACGGCGCCAUUUGUGGUAGCGACGCAUUUGGUGAUCAGGUCUGUCCGAGGAAAUAUUAA